AUGACAAAGAAGAUGAUAUCUCCGACGAAGUGCUCCCUCAUCGUCCUCCUCAUCUGCUCCUUUUGCAAUUUUGCCACCGGCCGGAGGAGCGGGGUCAUCUUUCCAUCGCAUGAUCCAUGUCCGCUGAAUGGAGGAAUAUGCACGAAGAUCGCCGAGUGUCCCGGAGCAAUGGCAAGACUCCAGUCGGAUCCAUCGACCUUCCGAUCGCUACUCUGCUCCUUCGAAUACGGAGAGCCUCUCAUCUGCUGCGACCGAGUGACUCCUUCCUCUCGAGCUUCAACCACAAGUUCUCCCUCUCACCCAAAACGGGUCAGCCAAGCCAAAUGCGAGGAGUACAAAGCCUUCCAGAGAGGCGUGACCUGCGAGAAAUCUCAAAAAGGAUUAAUUGUCGGUGGAGAGGCAGCGAAGCCCUACGAGUUCCCUCAUAUGGCUCUUGUAGGAGAAAAGCUGUCGAAUGGGAGCAUUUACUGGAAAUGCGGCGGAACCCUCAUCAGCAAGGAAUGGAUCCUCACAGCAGGCCAUUGCAUCGACAACGACGUGCCUUUGAUGGUGAGACUCGGGGAGCAUGACCUGAAUGAUGAUGAGUCCAUCACAUACGAUUACAAUGUGACCAAGUUCCUCAUUCACCCAAGAUGGAGAAGAAGGGGAAAACGGAUCCUCAUCCUUUCGUUCCCAGGCGGCAAGACGAAGAGCAGCAUUCUGCAUAAAGUCCGUGUUCCAUUGAUGGGGCCAUCAGACUGCGAUCAGGUGCUUUCAAAAUAUCCACAUAUGAAAAGAACCUAUCCGAAAGGUGCGAAGGGGCGAAUCCUGUGCGCCGGCACAGGAGGCAAGGAUUCGUGCCAGGGGGACUCAGGGGGACCGUUGAUGCUCCCUCUUUCUCCAGCCAGCUGCGUGCACACCAUUGUGGGGAUCGUAUCCACUGGCGUCGGGCGGCAAGACGAAGAGCAGCAUUCUGCAAAAAGUCCGUGUUCCAUUGAUGGGGCCAUCAGACUGCGAUCAGGUGCUUUCAAAAUAUCCACAUAUGAAAAGAACCUAUCCGAAAGGUGCGAAGGGGCGAAUCCUGUGCGCCGGCACAGGAGGCAAGGAUUCGUGCCAGGUAGUAAAGCCGAGCAUCCCAUUCAGUCGAUAUGUGAACGUCGACUGACCCCUUUAGCUUUGUUCAUGACAUUCCAUUUCUUCUUACAGGGGGACUCAGGGGGACCGUUGAUGCUCCCUCUUUCUCCAGCCAGCUGCGUGCACACCAUUGUGGGGAUCGUAUCCACUGGCGUCGGGUGCGGGAAUCCUGAAUUUCCUGGCUUUUAUACUCAGGUCUCCUCCUACUUGGACUGGAUUGAAGGGAUUGUCUGGAACACUAAAUCAUGA